UUUCAAAAAACACACACCCGUAAAGCGAAAAGCUAUACGCUCGACAGUUUGGAGAGAAUCGUCCCAAAGUAUGGUUGGGGCAAUUCAUGGCGGAAUGAAGUUUUCUGAAAUAUUAUAAGUGGCUUUGUUGGGCUAGGAUUAUCUCAGAAUACCUCGUCCAAAGUCAACUGUGGUACAAACAAUAAACGAAGACAUUCUAUUGGUUGAGUGGCUGUUAAGCUGUCUGGGCGGAAGUAAUAUACAGCCAUUUUAACACAGGACAUAUACCUGCGAUUCCAAAACUUUUGUGAUGGCUAACUUGAAAGAUUUCAUCAGUGAUGACCAAGGUAUCAACUGGUUAAAAUCUAACUUGUCUCUGAAAAUAACGAGAAAAGGCCUCAUUGGUUUGGUUGAUGGUGAAAUGCAAUCACUUCAAAAAGACUCGUAUAACAAAGCACGAACCACACCAAGAGCUGCAUGCAAUCAGUGUUGCACUACGAACCUGUUGGUUGGUUUGCCGAGAUAUAAAUAUCCAAACAACAAACCACCGCCUAAAACCAAUCAUUGUCCGAACAGUAUCUGUGACGGUAUUCGGCAAAACAUUGAAUCAGAGCAUUGUUUUCGUCGACCAUCUUGGAAGAAUUCGGACGCCAAACAAUGGUCGACCAACCACUGGCAAUUUGCCAAGUGUUACAUGCCACCGGAUGGUUAUGCACAGGUUUUAUCAGCCACAGACACUGAUUUCAACGGAAUUAUAAAUGUCCUCAUUAACUGCAAACGAUUCGAUGGCAAGUUUACGUUUCCUUUGACUGCAUCUCCAAAUGUUCUUACUCAGGCAAGGGACAUAGGAAGAACCUUGCGGCACAAGAAUGAUAUUCGUGUUAGCAAUGACGAUCUGAAAGAAACCUUUCGAACACUCAAAGCAUUACUUAAUGGACCUGCUUUUGGUCAGGAAGGACAAGGCGCCGUAGCUCAGUUGCAAAAGCUACAGAACGAUGAUGUUGUUAUAGAUGUAAAAGAGAUCAUUGCACUUAUCAACGAGACAAAAGAAACAGCCCUUUCAGAAAUACAAAGUGAACGGAAUGCAGCACAUAUCCAAAUGCUCGAGCAUCUUGACGAGGUUUUUGCACGAGAGGAAGAAAGGCUACAUAGAGUUAUGGACGAGAAAGCCUCAAGCAGCGAUGCUCAUGGUCAGACAUACAGCUUUGAAGAAAGAAAGUCAGGACUGAAGGAAGAUUUGAUUUACUUCUACAAAGAAAACUACUCCUCCCUACCACUCGGACCACAGUUCGCAGACUAUGACUCCAAAAUGGUUGACUGCUACAUUCCCCCGAACCUUUCAAGUGUUGAGCUCAAGGAAAGCAGUGAGCAUAAAAAUUCGCCCUUGUCUCAAAAAGAAAAAAGGAAACCUGUGCAGUCAUUUUCAGAAAUGUUUUCCGAAAAAAACCUUAUCUUUGUAUCAGGUCAAGCUGGGUUUGGAAAAACAUCGUUUUGUAAGUUUUUAACAUUUGUUUGGUGCUUAAUACAGAUGGGCGAAAAUGAAAUGAUUUCAAGAAUCAAAUCAAGCAGAGAUAGCCUGUAUGCUGAUAUGGCUGCUGUUUUAAGAAAAUUUGAGUUUGUGUUUCUAAUUCCGCUGCGUCUUACAUCAGAUAAACUUUGCGAAAUCAAUGACAUGGUAUGCAAAGUGCUUUUCCCCGAACUUCGUCGCUUCAAAUCAUUAAAAAUCGACAUUGAGCUACUUGAAACAAUUUUGAUGAAGGAAAAAUGUUUAAUUAUUUUAGACGGAUUGGAUGAAUGGAAACACCAUUCAUUUGGGUGCUUUAGGAAAAACUUAACUGUGCCACAUACUCAAAAUUAUAAUUUAUGCUCAUUGCUUAUAACAGCACGUCCUUGGAAACUAAGCGAUGCUGAAAUAAAGAUGUCAAGAUUCAACGGUUUCAUAGAAAUUGAAAUUUUAGAUGAUAAACAAAUCCUACGGUUGAUAGGCUAUAUUAAUGAUUGCUUGUCCGAGAUUAUGGGGCCUAGAAAAGAUGUAGGAGAAUUCUUGAACUAUAUUUCGACACACAAAUUGAAAGACCUACUUUCAAAUCCUCUCGUCAUCAUGCAAAUGAUGCGUCUUUGGUAUGAUGGAAAACCAAUUGGAAAAAGUCGAUGCGAAGUUUACAGUAACAUGAUUGAUUUUUUCUUGGUGAAUGCAAAAGAAAGAAAUGAAAUACUGGCAAAUAAGGUAGCGUGUGUGACAGAAUCUACAUGCCUACCUGAUUGUUUUGCGGAACACUCAUGUCAUUCAUUUAAAGGUCUUGUUCUAAAAUUAGGAAAACUUGCGUUCAUGGCAUUUUUCUCUGAUGAAGCUUCUGAGCAGUAUGCAUUUCGGGAAGAAUUGGUAAAUGUCAUUAUUGAAGACUCAUCACAGCGUGAGUUUGCAUACGAAACAGGGCUGUUAUCUAAGAUGUGGAUUCAGUCGAGAUAUACAUAUAGGGAGUGCAAAGUUUCAUUUCUGCAUUCCACAUAUCAAGAAAUGCUUUGUGCUGUUUACAUGGCAAUUGUUUCAUUCGAUUCUGAAAGCACAGAAUGCAUUCAUAUGAUAGGGCAAUAUAACAAAAACAUCAAUAAUGCAGCCAUUGAUUUUAUAGUGUUUUUGAGUGGAGUGUCUUUGCCUCUAGCACGAGACGCAUCAGAAAAGAUGUCCAAAUUUUCUCCAAACGCAUUAACAUCAUCAGUUAAUGAAUCAAAGUAUGUGUGGAUUAAAGACAUAAAAGUGUUGGGAGAAACCAUUUUGAGAGCGUAUGAAGAAUCGACAGCAAACGGAAUGCCAGACGCAAAUACUCUUUUGUUGAGACACAUAGUCCUAGAGCAUGGCCGAUUGAGUCACCCACUAAUUCAGUUCAACAGGGACAAACUUGUAUCACUGGGGUAUACAUGCUACUUUGAUAUCCCUGAUCUACAAACUGAAUUUGAUGAUCUGUCUUCAAUCAUAAAAGAUUCUAGCCCAACCUUAACCACCAUCGGUAUUCACCUUCCCAGUGAACAUAGCCGUGCUUUAGAUCCAAGGUCUUUCUCAGUAUGUAGACAGUUGCAUACACUUGUGUUAUAUAAUGUUGAGUUGCCAGAAAGAAUCCUUGAUUUGACAUCAUGUGAGCAAUUGUACGAUUUAAGUCUAAAGUAUUUGCUCAAACAUGAGUUAAAAGUCAUUAUUAGACCAUGCAAAAUGUACUGUUGUAGAUUGCUUGGCGUUGGACACAGUGAUUGUGAACGUAUAGUUUUGCGUUUUGCGAAAGGAAAUCAAUUCACCAGUCGGCUGAAGGAAUUGAGACUGCGAAACGUUAGAGUUGAAGCAGAGAUAGACUUAAACGACACACUCGUUGAAAUACUUGAGUUAACUAAUGUUUCAAUGAAUAGAGUGAGUAUUGAUACAAGUUGUGUGAUAGAAUGUCAUCUUGGUGGUUACAUAGGACAGUCGUGAAAUGGUACAGAGUACAUUCUGGAUGAGGUCGGUAAAUCAACAAAAUUGCCAGCUUUGUCAAUAGAAGUCGAAAUUUCACCAGAGAACAUUUUGUUACUGCGCAACAUAAUCAAGUCAAACAGUGGACUCAAAGAAAUGUCAUUAAAUAACAUAUGAUACACUUUCAUUUUAAAAAAGUAUUUCAGUAACAUGGAAUGUUUUUGAAAGGUGUUUUUUUAAAACUGUUUUAUUUUCAAAUAUAGAGCUAGAUUUUAAAUACUAUACAAGCCCAGUUGGAGAGUUGAGUUCCGAAGCUUAUUUAGAUUGCACAUGUACUAUUCAUCCCUUGCAGAUAAGUGGAUUUUGGAUGCCCGAUAAAAAGGAUUGUAUUGUAGUAUAAAAAUAUGUCAUUUCAAAAAUAAAGAUACAUCAACAA